AUGUCCACAGACGAGAAUAUCGCCAGUCACCACAAGACCAAAAUCCUGGUCAUCAACCCAAACUCGUCCAAAGCGAUGACAGACGGCAUGAAACAUGUCGUCGACGCCUGUGACCUUUCACCAUCGACACAAGUAUCGUUCUACACAGCCCCUAGCUCAUCAUCCCCACCCAGCAUCGACGACAACGAGGGCAUCCAGCAGAGCAGCAGGGCCGUCCUCGGCGACACGGCCCUGACGUCGACCCUGCACGAGUACGACGCCGCUGUGGUGGCAUGCUACAGCGUAGACCCGCUGGUCCACGAGCUUGCGCACCUCGCCGCCGCCGCCGCUCACACUGUCACCGGCAUAUUCGAGGCCAGCAUCACCACCGCGCUGUCCUUGCUCCAGCCCGCCGCGCAAUGGGGCAUUGUCACGACGGGCGGCUUCUGGGAGGAUCACCUCACCCAAGGCGUGGCGGGCUUUCUCGGGCAGGACGUCAUCUACCCUUCGUUUGCGGGCGUGCACACGACCGGCUUGAACGCCGGGGAUUUCCACAAGGGCGUCUCAAAGGAGGAGAUCGAGCGGAGGCUAAAGAGCGCGACAAAGAACUGCCUGAAUGGCGGCAGGACGCGGGUGGUCAUCAUGGGCUGCGCGGGGAUGGCCGGGCUGGAGGGCAUCAUCCGUGCCGCGGCGGCCGAGGAGUAUGGCCACGAGUUUGCCUAUGGGGAGCUGCAUGUCCUGGAUGCGGUGCGGGCUGGAGUCAUGCAGGUCGAGCAGAUGGUCAAGCUGCAGAGGCUGCUCAAACAAGGGGAAAAGUGA